GGAAGCUGUUCAUUACAGGAGGAGAGUUAUAAUAAUAUUAAUAAAAACCAUAAUAUUAUUAUGAGUAUUAUUAUUAUUAAUAAAUAAUUGAAAAAAAUAAGUAAAUGAGGAAGAAAAGCAGCUGGGAGUCUGAGCAGCAGCAGGACAGAGCUGCAGGGUUUUUACCUGAUAGUGAGAUUAAACUGCAGGACAGGUUUACACACGCUCCUGCACUCUCACACACACACACACACACAGGCAUAGGCAUUUGGAUUGAGUUUCAAUCAGGAGUAAAUCUUGUUUUCCCUCACUGCUGGAUUGUGGAUUUGUGUUGGUGAAGAUGGUUUCAGAGGACUUCUCAAAGGAACUCAUGGAGAGCGUGCAGGAGGCGGUGGGCCGGCAGCUCAAACUGAGCCUGACAAAGAAGGUGCAGCUGGAGGGCAGAGGUGACAAACAGGACAUCCGAAUCCUGGCUCUGGCUCCACAUCGGGCAUUUCUGCUGUCAGCUCGAGUUCCCGCAAGGAUAGAACAAAGCUUCAAUUUCUUUGACAUCCAAGUGGUGGGCAGCAGCAGGACAGGCCAGUUGGUGGUGGACUAUGAUAAAGGACAGCUGUGUGUGAAGCUCAGAUCUAAUGAAGAGGUCGAUGAAGUCAUCGCUCAGAUAGGAGUCAGCAUCCAGGAGCACUGCCCCGGACUCAACCCACAGAAGGUGAUGAAGAGGUUAUCUCUGAAACCCGCUGACAGAAUAACCAAUCUACAGGCAUUCUGGGAAAAUAAUCCUCCCACUGAUACUGCGCCCUGUGGUGCUUUCUCUCGUAUGUACUGGUGUGUGUGUGAUCAGACAGGGCUGCCUUACAGAGCGGAGGUGCAGUGGGAUGUGGACACGAUCUACCUCACACAAGACACAAAAGAACUUAACCUUCAGGACUUCAUCCACCUGGAGACCAGGGACCUGAUGGCCAUCGUGGCAGUGCUGGAGUACAACCAGUGGUUCACUAAACUCUCUCUCAAGGAUUAUAAACUGUCUACAGAUUUAUGCGACCAGAUCUUGAAAGUUGUUGCACGCUCCAGCAGAUUAGAGGAACUGGCUUUGGAAAACACAGGACUUAAAGCCGAUUUUGCGCAGAAGUUGGCCAGUGCACUGAACCAGAACCCACACUCGGCUCUACACACACUCAACCUGUCCAACAACUCUGUGGAGGAUAAAGGUAUUGCGUCUCUAAGUUCUCCACUGGCAAGACUUCCAUCUGGACUGAAACAUUUGAACCUUUCAAAAAACUCACUCUCAGCCAAAGGUGUAAACAUUUUGGCUCAAUCUCUAUGUUCCAACCCGAUCGUCUUUAACACACUCACACACCUCGACCUGUCUGGAAACACACUGAAAGGAGACGACUUGUCUAACCUGUGGAACUUUCUGAGUCAGCCGAACAGCCUGCACACUCUGGACCUGUCCAACUGUGACUGCGCUCUCGACCUGGUCUGCUCGUCUUUACUCCGAGGCUCUCUGAAGCAUCUUUCUGUCCUCAACAUGUCCAAGAGUGUCCUGAGUAUCAAGAAAGGAAAGGAGCUGCCGUCUUCCUUUAAGCAGUUCUUCAGCACCGCCCUGGCCCUCAACACCAUCGUCCUCUCCGGCACCAAACUUCCUCCAGAGGCCCUUAAAGCUCUGUUGCUGGGUCUGGCCUGUAAUCCCAACCUAAAAGAUGUCGCUUUGGAUCUGAGCAGUUGUGAGCUGCGGUCAGCUGGAGCUCAGAUUCUGGAAGGCUGUAUAGCCGAGAUGCCUAACGUCUCCAGCCUGGAUAUUUCAGACAACGGUUUGGACUCUGAUCUGACGACUCUGCUGGUGUGGCUGGCUAAGAAUCGUUCCAUCAGACAGCUGUCUCUGGGCAAGAACUUCAACAACAUCAAGUCCAAGAAUCUGGGGCAGGUGCUGAACAGUUUGGUUCUUAUGAUCCAGGAGGAGGAAUCUCCACUCAGCUCUCUGUCCUUGGCUGAUUCCAAGCUGAAGGCUGAUUUGUCCAUCGUGCUAAACGCUGUGGGAGGGAACAGCUCCCUGACUCGAUUAGACAUCAGCGGCAAUGGCAUGGGAGACAUGGGGGCUAAAAUGCUGGCCAAAGCCCUGCAGAUCAACACCAAACUCAGGACAGUGAUUUGGGACAGGAAUAACAUCAGUGCUCAGGGUCUGCAGGACGUAGCUGCUGCUUUGGAGAAGAACUACACAAUCCGCUUCAUGCCCGUGCCCAUCAUGGACGCUGCGCAAGCUCUCAAGUCCAGUCCUGAGAAAACCGAGGACGCCCUCAUGAAGAUGGAGCAGUAUCUCUUAAGGAACCAUGAAACGAGAAAAUACCUUCAAGAGCAAGCUUACAGGCUACAGCAAGGCAUUGUCACAUCCACCACACUACAGAUGAUUGACAGGUUAUGUGUGAAGGUGCAGGACCACCUAAAUUCUCUUCGCUUCAGUGAGAGAGAGAGGGUUCAGGAGGACAUGAGAGCAGCAGAGAGACUCGUCCAGGACGCCCGCAACUCAAAAAGACUGCUGGCCCGGAUGUAUCAGCUGCGCUCGGCUCGGCACGGAGCGGGAGAUGGAGGACAAGACGUAGACGGAGGAGGUGGAGUGUGUGAGGCAGUCGAGAGCCCGUGGGUCGCCCCGAUCCAGGACAAACUACAGUCGAUGGCGGGAGAAGUCAGCACUGUCAUAAACCAGCAGCUACAGAGUUUGUUGGUGUCUAUGGUGGACACGGCGGAGAGUGUGUGUCCUCACGUGAUGCGUGCGGCGAACCUCAGGCCGACUCUGAUGCGGGCGAGUGAGGGGAAGAUGAGCGUGCCUCGAUCCUUCAUCACUAACACCCUGCUCGAGCAAUCUGGAAUCGACAUCAUCAACAAGAUCAGUGAAGCUAAGCUCAGCAUGGCCUCAUUUCUGUCCGACCGCAUCAUUGAUGAGGUGUUAGAGUCUCUCUCUCGCAUGCAGCACACACUGGCGGACCAUGUGAGUAGGCGUGGCCAGCCUCUGAUCCAUCAUGAUUCGGAGGAGACUGAGGUUGUUGAGGAGGAGCAGCUGGAGCCAGAAAGCCUUCCACCCCCUUCAUCUGAUCUUUUGCUAUCUCCAACCUCCAAGAGACAGAGCAUCCUGUUCCGGAUGGUGCGUCCCAUCUCAGUGGCCUUCGAGCUGGAGUUUGAUUUGGAUAAAGCGCUGGAGCAUGUGCCCAUCCACAUGGAAGAUCUGCCUCUUCCUCCACCCCCUGAACCUGUGGAGGCGGAGAUAUGGAGCCCAGAGAGUGAAGGUUUCACUGAUCUACCAGAAACAGACAGCCCCAAACUCCAUCACAUAACCAAGCUCCGCCCUCGCAGGAAGAAGACCAGCACCAAACCCAGAAAAGCAGCUAGUGGCCUUGCAGCUGACAUGGAGCAGACAGAGUUUGUUGGGAAAGUUGAUGAAGGCCUGGACGAUUUCUUUGCAAAAAAAGUCACAAAGAUUGGCAUUAACCGUUCCUCCGUAAAAGAUGCAGGUCUGGAAGGUGAGAGAAAGCGGGAAUCUCGCAUGAGUGGCUUCUUCAACCUUAUUAAAUCACGCACCUCCAUCAAAUCACCACCCACCAGCCCACAAACAAACACUCCUGCGCCAACAAAUGCCACCACACCAGUGACCACCGAAUCUGAUAAUGUUGACUCCAGCAAAUCUGCAAUAAAAAGCCCCAUCCUCGAACACACUCAAGAACCACUCAAGACUGAAGUACCGGAGAAAGCCGAACCAUGUGAACCUGUAGAUACAGCAGUGACCUCGGUGAGUAAAGGUCAUGCGGAGGAGGGUAAGAAGCGCGAGGGGCCACAAGGGGGACGAAUCCGAGGGGUGCAGGUGAUGGGGAACGACUUCCUGGCACAGCUGCGGGCAAAACAAGAGAGGAUGAAAGAGAAAGCAAGUGAGUCCUCAUCUGCCAACAAAGCUGAGUCCAACAAUGCUGAUGGCGACAGUGCGGCUGUAGAGAAGGCAGCGCAGAAAGAGCACCACCCAGAGUCUGUGUCUAAACCUCCAUGUCCUUCUGCCCAUCUCCUGAAACCAAUUGCUCAUGCUUCUGUGCACCCACCAGAAGCCAAGCACGCCCUUCCAGUUACACAACCCGGAGUCAAAUCCUCAAUCAGCCCACCAUUCAGCAACCCUAAAUCCACCCCGAGCAGUCCCCAAGAGCACCACCCAAACCAGGAGCAGCACCUUCCUCAGAGCCCCCCAAGCAGCUCCAGCACAUCUCAUAAUGAUGUCUCAGUUCACCCCAGUGCUGUCUCCUUUACCCAACAAUCUGACACCAGACACCAGACCCAAGACCAAAAGGAGGAGUCAUCUAGAAUGGAGAAAGAAGAACAUAUACACCUCUCUCCUGGUUCACCAACUAUAGUGCUGGAUUUUGCAGCAGAGGGCAGUGUGUUUGAGCCUGAUUCACACACACAGUCAUCGCACACUGCAGCAGCAGGACAACGCUCCACCUCCCUUAACUCCUCCAGUUCCAGCAACGCUGCUGAAGACAACGACAAUCGCCAGCGCACCAUGUCCCUGCCUGCACACGUUGACCCUCUAACUCCUACAGACUCUACAUCAUCUCUCGAAACUCUGAAUUCCAUCAGCAAUGAGACCGAGCUUCAGUCUCCUGCUGAACUUCAACACACAGAGCCUUCACUGAAGGAACUCUCAGCCAGCGAGGACGAAAGUGUAGAAUAAAAGCCAAACCGGGUCCGGGUAGCGUUUCCCCAAAACACAGCAGCAAAAAAAAUCUGGUUAAAUGGCAGAGCAAGCAUCAUAUUGAAUUCUUUCUCUGUCAGUUAUGAUGAUUGACAACAAAACAGACCGGCUAUGUAGAAUGAACACCAUACUAAAGAGGACAUAAAAGGAAAACACAUAUGCAAACAUCCACAAUAGCAGUUGAGUGCAAACACAACCUCAAGUAGUAUGAUGGUGGGCUAGAAAUAAACACCACAAACAAAUAGGUAGAGCAAAAAAAAUUACGUAUAAUCAGAAUAAAACAGGGCAUCAAAAAAGUUAGGACAAGAAUAUAAAACAAAGACCCAACCAAAACGGUCAGUAAUAGAUUUAUAACAUCAAAAAAAACAUCAAAGACAACAAUAAAAGUGUCAGCCAAACACCAAGUAUUAAGAAAGCCAGUGUAGAAUAAAGACCAAAGAAAUGAGGGCAGGUAUGUAGAAUAAACACCCAAACAAAGAAAACAACAGUUUAGAACAAAAUACCAAAGCAAAAAUUACAACUUUCCAAAAUACUUAACCAAGGUGGACGGGCAAGUAAAAAAACAACAAAGUAACAAGGAUAGUGGUGUAGAAUUUAUGGCAGUCCAACAGAUUAUCAUAACAUUGUACAUAACUGUAGAACAAGCACUGAACCAACAGAAAUACAGUGUACAAUAAGAUAAAUCAGUACAACCAAUAAUACAACCAUUUAGAAUAAACACCAGCCAAAUCAGAACAGUGGUCCUAAUUAAACACUAAACAAAUUAUACACAGGCUUUAACAUUAUCACUAGACCAAACUAUUGUGACACUGUAAAAUAUAAUAAAAUCAAACCAAAAAGGAAAAUUGGAUACCAAGCACCAAACUAAUCAGGAGACAAAUUUAGAAUAAAGAUUAUAACAAAAGGGAAACAUGGAGCCCAUAUACCAGAAAACAGCUUUAUAUUAAACUUCAAAGUAAAAAAAGAAAGGGAAGAGUGUAUACCAAACUAACCAGGACAUAUCUGUAAAAUAAACAUCAAAACAAAAGGGAGAAGUGGACACCAAACACCAAAACUAACUAGGACAUAACUGUAGAAUAAACACUAAAACAAAAAAAUACAAGAGGACACCAAAUACUAAAACUAACCAGGACGUAACUGUAGAAUAAACACAAAAAACGAAAAAAUACAAGAGGACACCAAAUACUAAAACUAACCAGGACGUAACUGUAGAAUAAACACCAAAAUAAAAACUACAAGUGGACACCAAACACCAAAACUAACCAAGACAUAACUGUAGAAUAAACACCAAAAAAAGAAGUGGACACCAAACAGCAAACUAACCAGGACAUAAUUGUAGAAAGAACACUGAAACAUAAAUGGAGAAAAAAAUGUAGAAGAAACACUAAAAUAAAAAGUCGAUGCAGACAGCACACACCAAGGCUACCAUCACAAAACUGAAGCAUAAACACCAAAACAAAAAUUAGAAGUGGACACCAAACGCCAAACUACUCAGGAGAAAAAUGUACAAUAAAGACAGAAAGAAAAAUGAUAAGUAAACAACAAAGACCAGUAUAAAGGCAAAAACAGCUGACCAUUAUUUGAAGUGACUAAAGAUAGAAGGCGUGGUGGCAGGCGCGUUGUCAUUGAUCUGCUAAUGAUCAGGAUUAGACAAGCUCCUCGGCCUGCUGUAAUUAUGAGCCGUCCUCCAGCAGCAACACAGAUGUGCAAACUUUUUGGGAAAAGCUGAAACCUCCAUGUGUGUAAUAAGCAGGCCUUUUUAUAACUGUCACAUGAGUGACUGUAGCGGACAUUAUUAUAGUCAUUAUUUUAUUUUUUGUUGUUGUUGUUGUUAUUAUUGUUGUUGACUCUCUCACACAGUCUGACGUGAGAGAGAUGAAAUGAUUAUUUAGUAGCGUUAGCAUUUCAUUUACACGUUGCGUCAACAGCCUGCUGCUUGUCACAUGGCUGGCCAUGAGGACAUUUAAAUAAGAGCCAAAAAUAUAUGCAUAUCUUCACUAAGAGCAAUUAUGAAUAUAAUAUAUGUUAAUAUCAUCUGAUAUGAUAAUACAGAGUCAAGUGUCAUAUGGUAAUUUAGCUAAACAAGGCUUUUAAAAAACAUUAAGUAAGUUUUCGACAAAAAGCAAAGCUUAAGACUUUUAAAACAAAAAAGUGUUCACUGGAUCAUCAUUAGACACUAGGUAGAUUAGGAGCCAAGAGAGCAAUUUUGGCUCUGAACUUUGAGAAGAAAUUGGGGGGAGAAUUAGUGAAUGAAAAGGAAGUCACAGACGAACGUGUGUGGAUAAUUAUUUUUUUUAACUAGUGAAUCUAGGUUUCUAGUCUACUUUAUAAACCUCCACAUGGCACAUAGUGUAUCGUCAUACUGCAGGUUUGCAGCUAAUCCGAAAAAUCGGACUAUACAAGCACUUUUAAGACCCUGCGUCAGAAAAAUCUUUUCUUUAUUACAGUAACAAUAAUAUAAAACUGGGUUACCAUUAUUUGUUUAAUUAUCACAAGAAAAAGUGCAACGUGCAACACAGCAUGUGAUAAGGACUGAAAAAUACAAUUCUGGUUGUGUAAGGAAAUGAGGCUUACUGUGUUUUCCCUGCAAAUUCAAGUGUCAUAUACAGUAUAAGCAUUUACGUUAAACAAAAUCUUUUAUAUUCGAAAAUAAAAAAUAAAUAUAAAGUCUUAUUUAUAUUUGUUACAUUGAUUUUAUUAUUUACCGUGUAUAAUGAUAUAUUUUAUUCUGUUCUUUUUUUUUGUGGUGAUGGAUUCUAAUAAUACAAAAGUGCUCUUUAUAUAAAAAGGGAAAAUAUAAUAAUAUUUUGUUACCAUGUUUUUAGACUAUUUUUGGUUCAUGUAUUUUUAAAACAUGUAUAUAAAUAUGACUAUUUGUAUAUUUGUACCCAUGUAAAACCCUGGACUGCCACUCUGCCCGCUGUCCACCACACACCAGCCUGUGCCCGCAUGCCAGCAGAUCACUGCCCACCAGACCUGCACGUGCACAUUAUUUCCUUCCCUUUCAUUCCGUUCUCCCUCCUUUACUUCUUUGCGCUCCCAUUUUACCUAAAUAAAAUUGCCCCU